UUUCUACUCUUCGCCGUUUUACUCUGGCUCCAUUCCUCCUCCCACACCCCCACAUCAAACAAACACCAUGGCCUCGCACCACCUCGUCCCCGCCGCGGCCCUCCUCCUCGCCUUCAUCCUCACGCCUCUAUCAGCCGGCGAUCCUCUCGGCAAGUUCUGCGGCAGCAGUGCCAACUUCACCGCGAACAGCACCUACCAGGCCAACAUCCGGCUCCUCAACGCCACUCUCCCCAAGAACGCCUCCUCCUCACCCAAUCUAUUCGCCACCGGCACCGUCGGCACCCUUCCGGACAUCGUCUACGCGCUCGCCCUCUGCCGCGGCGAUACCGCCGCCGUCAACUGCACCCAAUGCGUCACCACCGCCUUCCAGGACGCGCAGCAGAGCUGCCCGUACAACAGGGACGCCACCGUCUUGUACGACCCCUGCGCGCUCCGCUUCUCCAACCAGAAUUUCCUAUUCUCCACCGACGACGGCGACAACGUCCUCGCCUACGUGAACGUUCAGAACGUGUCCGCGCCGGCCAAGGUGUUCGACGCCGCGGUGGGCGCCCUCAUAAACGCCACCGUCGACUACGCGGCCACCAACUCAUCCAGGCGGUUCGGCACAGGAGAGAUGGUCUUCGGGAGCUUCGACAAGAUCUACGGGCUGGCGCAGUGCACGCCGGACAUGGCCCCGGCCGAUUGCCGGGCAUGCCUCCAUGGUAUCAUCGCGGCGUGGUCAAAGGAUUUCAGCGACAAGUCAGGUGGCCAGGUUCGAGGAUUGAGGUGCAGUUACAGGUAUGAGGGUUAUCAUUUCUUCAACGGGCCUUCGCUGCUGCAGCUCCCGGAUCCAUCCGUGGGGACAACUCCAGCUUUAGCACCAGAACCGGCGCCAGCCAACAACAUGACGCCACUGCCAGCCAGAGGAGGAAGCAAAAGCAAUGGAGCUGCUAGAACUUUAGCCAUUACACUGCCGAUACUCGCUGCAAUACUGGCUUCUAUUGCCAUUUGCCUUUGUCUGCGGAGGAAAAAGAGCAAACCAGUACAAAAGGCAUCAGUAUCAUAUCCAACCAAUCCGGAGGACAUAGAGAGUAUUGAAUCACUCAUUCUAGAUCUAUCAACUCUGAGAGCCGCAACAAAUAACUUCGAUGAAAGCAAUAAACUCGGUGAAGGAGGGUUUGGUAUUGUUUAUAAGGGAAUCCUUCCUGGCGAUGAAGAAAUAGCAGUUAAAAGGCUAUCACAAAGUUCUCGACAAGGUAUAGAGGAGCUUAAAAAUGAGCUUGUUUUGGUUGCUAAGCUUCAACACAAGAAUUUAGUGCGACUUGUCGGUGUUUGCUUGGAAGAACAUGAAAAAUUACUUGUGUAUGAGUACAUGCCCAACAAAAGCCUCGACACCAUUCUUUUUGAUCCUGAUAGGAGCAGUCAGCUAGACUGGGGAAGUAGAUUUAGGAUAGUCAACGGGAUUGCUCGGGGAUUACAAUAUCUCCAUGAAGAUUCUCAGCUGAAGAUAAUUCACCGGGACCUCAAAGCAAGCAAUGUUCUGUUAGAUUCUGAAUUUAUUCCUAAGAUUUCAGAUUUUGGCUUAGCAAGGCUCUUUGACAGUGAUCAAUCAAAAGAUGUCACCAACCGUGUCGUCGGAACCUAUGGAUACAUGUCCCCUGAGUACGCUAUGCGUGGGGCUUAUUCCAUCAAGUCCGAUGUGUUCAGCUUCGGCGUUUUGAUUUUAGAAAUCGUUACAGGAAGAAGAAACAGUGUCUCAUAUGACUCCGAGCAGUCUGUAGAUCUCUUAAGUUUGGUAUGGGAGCACUGGACAAUGGGAACAAUUGUAGAGAUCAUGGAUUCGUCCAUGACCAGCCAUUCUCCUGGAGACCAGAUGCUGAAGUGCAUUCACAUCGGACUUCUAUGUGUUCAAGAAAACCCCGCAGAUAGACCGCUGAUGUCGGUCGUGACUGUCCUGCUUAGCAGCAGCACUGUGUCUCUCCAAGCUCCAUCUAGGCCAGCUUUCUGCAUCGAAAAAAGUGGCGCUAACGACUCAGACAUUCACACGGAGCCAUACCGAGGAAAUUCAGAGUCGACAAGUCGGUCGCCAAUGUCACCGAACGAAGUUUCGAUCACUGAACUUGAGCCGAGAUAAAUCUGAGUGAUGCUGAGUUCAUUUUAUAUGCCAUUCUCGCCAAAAGAAAAAUAUAGCAAUUUUUUAUGUACGGAUAGGCCUUACUUCAAACUACCUUCGUUUCAAGGAAUAAGGCCCACGCGCAUUUCAAGAUAAACUUUGACCAAACAAAUUGAGCAAUAAAAUCUUAAGUA